AACUCAGGUUGUGAUCAGAGCUUUUGAUUGCAAUACUGCAGCUUACCGCUCUGCGCCACACCUAUAAUCAAGGCUUGUCUGGAAAAGCACUUGGGCAUAUGAAUGACAGUUAACUCUCUCUGUAGACUUGUUCAAAGGGAUUUAGUUUGCAACAGUAGUGAUGUUAGCAUUUUAGUGUGUUGAAAGUGCUUUACAUAAAUUAUUUUACUCUCCAGCAUCAUUGUAAACAGUGAGGGUGAAUGUUUGCUAGCAUUUAGCUUUAAAAAAUGUCUAUUUUAAUCUAAUUAUGGUGAAGAAUAUCUGAAGAGAUUCUGUCUGAAGUUAUUCAGUGACUGGGCUCGGUGGGAGUACUUAAGUUUUGGGUUUUGAAAGCUAUGUAAGUGUCCUACUGAAUGUGCAAAUCAGCCUACCUGUUAAGAUAAAUGAGCUAAAUAUAAGAGAACAGAUCAAUUGUACUUUUAAUCCAGGCAAUGCAGACUAUUUUUUCCUCUGCAGCUAAACAAAAGUUCAAUGGGACUCUGUCAGCAAAGUGUCCUCCUUAGGGUCAGAUUCUAGUUUGGACAGAACAUGAUAGAACUGGCUCAGAGGCCUGGUGUUUGAUUCCCUUUAUGGAAACCUGUUGAAAGUUGAUGCCUAUGGGAACAUCUUAGUGUGUGCACAUGGCUUUAACUUCAUGCGAGGGCCAGAGAUCCGAGAGCAGUAUCCUAACAAAUUCAUCCAGAGGGAUGACACUGACAGGUUUUAUAUUCUAAACACUCUGUUCAACCUACCAGAAACCUACUUGCUGGCUUGUCUGGUUGAUUUUUUUACUAACUGUGACAGAUAUGCAAGCUGUGAAACAGGGUUUAAAGAUGGUGACCUCUUCAUGUCCUUCAGGAGCAUGUUCCAGGAUGUUAGAGAUGCUGUGGACUGGGUUCAUUAUAAGGGCUCUCUCAAGGAGAAGACAGUUGAGAAUCUGGCAAAGUAUGUGGUGAAAGAUGGGAAGCUGCCUCUACUGUUGAGCCGUAUGAAUGAGGUGGGAAAAGCGUUCCUUGCCACCAACAGUGAUUAUAAAUACACUGACAAAAUAAUGACUUACCUGUUCGAUUUUCCACAUGGACCAAAGCCUGGCAGUUCUCAUCGGCCUUGGCAAUCAUAUUUCGACCUCAUCCUUGUAGACGCUCGCAAGCCUCUCUUUUUUGGGGAAGGUACAGUCUUGAGGCAGGUGGACACAGUUACUGGAAAGCUGAAAAUCGGUACUUACACAGGUCCCCUGCAACAUGGAAUUGUCUACUCUGGGGGCUCCUCUGAUACAAUCUGUGAUCUUCUGGGGGCCAAAGGUAAAGACAUUUUAUACAUUGGAGAUCACAUCUUUGGAGAUAUUCUGAAGUCCAAGAAACGUCAGGGGUGGAGGACCUUUCUAGUGAUUCCAGAACUGGCACAGGAGCUUCAUGUCUGGACAGACAAAAGCUCCCUUUUUGAAGAACUUCAGAGUCUAGACAUCUUCUUAGCAGAGCUAUACAAACAUUUGGACAGUAGCAGCAAUGAGCGCCCUGACAUCAGUUCCAUCCAGAGGCGUAUUAAGAAAGUGACUCAUGAUAUGGACAUGUGCUAUGGAAUGAUGGGAAGCCUGUUCCGGAGCGGCUCCCGACAGACACUGUUUGCCAGUCAGGUGAUGCGCUAUGCAGACCUUUAUGCAGCAUCUUUCAUCAACCUCCUAUAUUACCCCUUCAGUUAUCUCUUCAGAGCUGCCCAUGUACUGAUGCCACAUGAGUCAACUGUGGAGCACACUCAUGUAGAUAUCAACGAGAUCGAAUCACCAAUGGCCACACGCAACCGCAGUUCAGUGGAUUUCAAAGAUUCUGACAAACGACACCAGUUGACCCGAUCUGUUAGUGAAAUCAAACCUCCUAAUCUCUUUCCUCAAGCUCCCCAAGAGAUCACACAUUGCCACGAUGAGGAUGAUGAUGAAGAGGAGGAGGAGGAGGAGGAGGAGGAGGAGGAGGAAGAAGAAGAAGAAUAGAGAGGAAAUUUGGAUGACAACACACAGCAUGACUGUAGCAGUGAUUGACAGGAACAGAUUCCACUUCAAAGGUCUGGGAUUAGGGUUAGGGAUGAUAACCAAAUCAACACUAAUGUAUUCCAGAUGUCAACAAAUUUGUACUGGAGAAGGUCGGACCAGACACAGGUGCCUAACUGCACUGCUCCACCUGUAGAACAUGGGAGAGGGGAUGCCUGUGUGUUUGGCCCCUUCUACUGAUUCAUUAAUUUAAAACUGCCUCCCAAGGGAUGGUUUGCUUUUAUUUCAGUGAGGCUGCUGUAGGCCCUGCAGCACCCCCAAUGUUUUAGUAUCAGUUCAUCACAGGAGCUAGUACCUCUUGAGCCUCAGUCUUAGGAGAAAGAAGUAUCCUAAUACUGGAUGCAUGGAAAUGGCAGUAAUUCCAGGACUGAUUCUACCCCUGUCAAGCACAACUUGAUUUUUGAAAUGGUUUAUUCUCUAAUCUCAUUAUAAUGGGGUUCUGCUUCUGGUCUUUUUCUGUAUCUGGUGGUUUUAAAAUACUGUCACGCUACAUACUUUUAAUUAUAUAGCUAGUUUGCCUGCUGAAAUUCCAAAGUUUAUAUUAUCUCCAUCUCUGGCAUGAAGUGCAUGUGUUCUAGGACCUUCUCAAAUGAGUCCUUGUGCCAUGUGCUUGUGUUCUGGCAAGAGAUUCCUAAACAGCAGUACAUCUAAUACUUGUAAAAAAACCAAACCGUUUUUGGAGAGGAAAGAAGUGUCUAUAUCACCUUCCCAGGCCUUACUGUUGUAAUGCCAUGAACUUGGAAGAGUAUCCUGUAAGCUUCUAAGGUCAGCUGGCAGCCACUCUAAUUUCUGAUGUGGAAUCCUAGCAAAUAGAAAUGCAGGGUCCAGAUAUUUGGACAAAGAGGAUGCAGUCACCUUCUCUGGGAUGUUCCUUGCUAGGGCCACUCUUCACCUGCAUUCCAAGAAUGAGAGGCCCUCAACAUUUGCCUUGUUGUUUAUACUUGGAUCUUAGGCCUGGUAUGUUAUCCUGUCCUUGACUUCUGUUAAGUCAAAAGACACGUUUCCUCCUAAUUAUCCUGUAUUAUUUCUGGCUGCUCAGAAAGAGAGCCUGCUUCCAUCUUUGUUCAGGCAGGCAGUAUAUACUGUUUCCUGGGGUACAACUCAUCCCAUAUCAUACUGUGCCAUUCAGGUAUAGAAGAUAGAAAAAUAUGCCCUAUUUUAAGAUACUUGAUCUCUAGUUUGAAUCUGCUAACUGUAAUUUUCUUCCCUUAUUAAAGUACAUUGAACUGCAAAUCAGCAGGACAAUCUGAUGUUGCUGUAGUAGAUCUACAAAUUAAUAAAUCAUGAGGUUUCAUAA